CAGACGGCCGACAAUGCCAAACAGUUCUGCAAACUACAAUCUUGUUGCCAUUGGAGACGAUGGAGUCUGGAUGAAACUUGGACGUGAAAUCUCAAAGAUUGAUAGAUGCCGUCUGCUCAGAAUACCCAACUCGUUAAACCCAUACUCCAUUUGCGACAAGUACCAGUCUAGAGCCAUCUUUCUCUUGCCGGACGCCAUUAAAGUAUACCAAGGAGCGUGCUGCACGUGGGUACAAAGGCUCAGAUUUGGACUUAAUGUGAACACACCUAUUAUAGCCAUCGUGGACGAUUCUACAAGGAAUAACGAGGAGGAAAUACAACAAUUGAUGCAACUCAACGUCAUCAACUGGAUCAUGACGUCACAGGAGCUACAAGCCGUGCACAUCGUACGGGUUUUGUACCGAUGUGAGACAGUGAUCCGGCGGUGUCUUGAGACUUCGGCCGGAAUGAUCGUUCGGCACGGAACCCGAAGGAUUGCUUAUCUCCGGAACGCCGGAAGAACCAGCAAUACUGGCACUUCGUAUCCGAUGGUAGAGCAGUCAGAAGCAGAACAAACGGGAGAAUUAUUCCGUGGCAAACGAAGCCAUCAUGUAACUGAUGAGACUGAACAUAAUCCGAAGAGAAGCAAACUUGAAGGCAAAACCGAUGAACAACAUUCAUCAUUGGUGCCGUCGGAAACAAGUUCACUCCAGUCGACACUAGAACCAAACUCGACACUGAAACCAAUCUCGACAUCGGAACAAGAGUAUUCUAAGUCGACUUCAACACCAAACUCAUCGAAGUGGAUGGUUGGACGCAGCUCGACAUUCUCGAUACCGGAAAUAGUUUCACCACGGUCGACAUCAUCGAAUGCAUCACAUGCUCAAAUGACGUCAUUGCCGACUGUCGGACAAUGUACUGCGCAUGUCAAAAGAGGUGCCAGCGACAUUAUGCUGAAGAACCGUCAGCACAAUUUUAUCAAUACCGUUACUGCUCAGGCGCAGUCGGAAAUUGCCGGAACAAAUUACACGUCUAUUGUCCUCACAAAUCCUCAGGGAUACUAUUAUAGGAGCACACCUUUAUCGGGACGAUCAAAGAGAGCUAGUCUCCCGAGGAGAACGGAGGAGCUCAAUAACAAACUAGACACCGCAGUGAUGUAUCUAUCACGUGUCCGUAAACUCCUUGACGUGGAGACUAAUCGGCAAAUGUGAUGACGGCAGUGUAACAAGAAAAUAAUGAUUAGGAGUGCUAGUGGGGGCGGGGCUCAGACAGAAGAUCAAAUGAAGAGAAAGGGAUGAAAAACAGCAAACGUUUGAAGACACAAUGUGCCAUUAGUUAGGCUAGUUGGAUUAAGUGUUUCAAAACAAUUGUUUCGCGCAUUAAAGCCAUUAUACACUUGCGGUACAGAAAAGA